AUGGAUGCCGCCGGCUCGUCUCGCAAGCGCACGCUCGAGGAGGUCGGCGUGUCGGGCGUGUCGAAAGAGGUGCAGCACAUGGGUGCGGAGGACGUCUCGGCGGAGAUCGAGGCAAUCUGCAUGCGCGCGGUCGCCUCCAUCAUGCGCGGCGACGGCUUCUCCUACAUGAUGCCCUCUCGCGUCGCAUCCAACCAGAUGUACGUCAAGGAGCUCGACCGGGUGGUCCUCAAGGAGAAGAUGCUCGAGCGCGUCUUCUCCAACGCCUCGUCUGCGCGCAAGACGGCGACACCUGCCGCCGGAGGCUGGGCGAUCACCACCCGGCUGAUGCAGAUUGUGCUCGAGCUCUGCUCGAAGGGCAUCCACGUCACAAAGCGCGACCUCUUCUACACCGGCGCUCUCUCCUCUCCCUGCCGCCUGCCCGCUUCCCGCCGCCCGCCACCCCCACACACCCACCCUCGACCUCUUCUACACCCCCACGUCAAGCUCUUCAAGCAGCAGACCGAGUCCGACGACGUCCUCGACGACGUCGCGUGCAUGGCCGGCCCCACCACCCCCUCCCUCGACACAACGAGCCCGCGCCCAGGCAUCGUCGUCGGCAAGCUCAUCUUUGAGGACGACGGCGACACCAUCGACUGCACAAAGAUGGGCAUGGGCGGGAAGGCGCGGCAUGCACAUGCGCAUGCCGCAGACUUGCCGCAGACUUGCCGCCUCAUGUGCCUCCGGAGAUCGUUGGUACAGGACCGCUUCUACAACGACUACCCGUGCGUCAUCAUCUCCGGCACCGGGGGCAGCCCGACACGGCUGGACAGCAAGCUCAUCUUUGGGCAGCCCGACGUGGCCACGCGGCUCUUCCUCAACAAGGUGCGCUCCGCACUCAACGUGCCGAUCCUCGGGCUGUUCGACGCCGACCCUUACGGGCUCAAGAUCCUCUCCGGCUCGAAGAACAUGUCGUACGACUCGAUCAACCUGACCACGCCCGACAUCAAGUGGCUCGGCGUCCGCCCGAACCUUCUAGGCGUCCGCCCGUCCGACCUCGACAAGUACUCGAUCCCGCAGCAGUGCCGGCUCGAGAUGUCGGAGCAUGACCUCAAGACGGGCAGGGAGCUGCUCGAGGAGGACUUUAUCAAGGCGAACCCGAAGUGGCACCGCGAGCUCGAGCUGAUGGUCAAGACAAAGGCCCUCUCCUCCUUCGGCUUCCAGUACCUCUCCAAGACCUACCUGCCGCGCAAGCUCAAGGAGGGCGACUGGAUCUGA